AUGAUGGCCAGUCAAAGAUCCUGCAUAAAUACUGAUAACCAAUUCGGACCCCGAGUCAGCCCUGAUUGUCGGGACUUCGACUUUACGUUACUUUUCGAGGACGCAUUUUUCGCUAUUCUUCCCUCAUCUCUUUUUCUGUUGCUACUUCCUGCCCGUCUAGGGAUCCUUCGCAAGGCCUCGGUCAAAGCUUCAACUCUGAAAGUGGCGGUAUACAAACUUGUGACCCAGGAAAGACUUGUCGGCUUCUGGGGUCGAGGUCUAUUUCUCUGGCUGAAUCCGACUUUUCGAUUGGGAUAUUCGAAAGUCCUCUCAAUUGCCGAGCUUCCUGAGCUCGAUCAAGAUCUGCAAGGUGAUGCAGCGCUUCAGAAACUUGAGAUUGCUUGGUUGAAUUCUCAACCGCAGUCUCGACUUAUUAAAGCCGUUUUUCGGGCGUACUCACAAGCAGUAUUCUUUCCGGUGAUCCCACGACUUGCUCUUAGUGCAUUCAAGUUCUGUCAACCUUUUCUAAUUACAUCUACCAUAAACUACUUUGAAAUUGGUAGGUCAGACUCGACAGCCAAAAGCAAAGAUUAUGGAGGAGCUUUGAUUGGGGCCUAUCUGCUGGUCUAUCUGGGGAUGGCGAUAUCUACGGCUAUUUACCGGCGUCUCACUUAUCGGCUGAUCACGAUGGCACGAGCUGGGCUGAUGUCGAUGAUAUAUGCCCACACGACCGAACUAAAAAGUCGGGAUGUAAAAGACACUGCCGCCCUGACAUUGAUGGGAACCGAUGUUGAACGUAUCGUGGAGAGUCUCAAAUCGUUACAUGAAACUUGGGCCUCAAUCGUUGAAGUCGCCGUCGCUCUAUUUCUUCUGGAACGUCAAAUAUUUCUUGCAUGUCUUGUGCCUGCUUGUAUCUGUAUGGUUUGUGCUUCUGCAGCUGGUCCAGUGUCAACUCGAACUGCGCCAGCACAGAAAGCUUGGGUUGAACGAGUCCAAAUCAGGCUUGCAGUGACAUCAGCUUUCCUCGGCAACAUGAAAGCCGUGAAGAUGCUAGGUGUGAAAGAACCGCUGUUUGGUUUGGUCACAAGGUUGCGAGAGGCAGAAUUGAAAACCUCUUCCCGUUUUCGCAGGCUUCUUAUCUGGACGAUUGUUUUAUUCCAGUCAAAUCGUAGUGUCGAUGCGGUAUCAUUCAAGAACGCCAAUAUUUCAUGGUCUAUUGGUGGCGAGCCUGUGCUCAAAAACCUCACAUUGGAUAUAAGCGAAGGAUUGACGGUUAUCAUUGGCCCAGUGGGCUCUGGAAAGUCUGCUCUCAUCGCAGCCAUUUUGGGCGAGAGUGUUGUUAGCGGGACAAGCAAUGUACCAGUAUCAAGUGUUGCUUACUGUCAACAGAUUCCCUGGCUUGUCAACGAUACAAUACAAAAAAAUAUCAUUGGGGGGUCGCGCUUGAUCCCGAGUGAGACCAUGCCUGGUGGAAGCAUGUACGUGAUUGGAAGUAAUGGGGUCUCUUUAAGUGGAGGUCAAAAGCAACGAGUGGCUCUUGCGAGAGCGAUCUACUCGCGAUUGCGCUUUACUAUUCUAGAUGACCCCUUUAGCGGCUUGGACUCCAGAUGCAUCGACCACAUCUCCUCAACCCUCUUUGCUCGAGGCGGAUACUUCAGGGAAAGCGGGAGAACUGUGAUCCUCGCUACGCAUAAUAGAAAAUUGCUCCAGUUUGCCGAUGAGGCGAUCGUUCUGAAUGAUGGCAAAGUUGUCAAGAGGGGAUCUGCUCAUGAAAUUAUGAUGGCCACUUCUGAAAUCGUAGCCAGAUCGCUAAUGGAGGAUGGGGCUAAGCAAGGUGGUGCAGGUCAAACAGUCGACGAACCAGACGAGACUUGCGAUAAGGUGACUGAAGCGGGCCAAAUACAAGAGAACGCCGAUACCCAGAGACCGGAUUUUUCGCGACGAGAUGGCUCUUGGCAAGUAUACAGAUACUAUGUCCGUAGCGCUGGCAUUCUUGUCUCUUUUUCUUUUGUCACAUCUUUCACUGUUUCGACUUUCUUAAGCAAAUUUUCUACUAUCUGGAUCGAAUGGUGGUCCGAUUCGAACGCGAAAGCGCCAAAUGCGAAGGUUGGCUUCUACCUUGGGAUAUACUCAGCUUUCACUAUCUUGAAUACCAGUUGCUUUGUACUCGGUUGCUACCAAGACAUUGAUCUCAUCGAUAUGCGACUUCCUGUCUGGGUAGUCAAUACAGUAGCGAACGGCUUUCAGACCUUAAUGAAUCUCGUCAUCCUUUGCGUAGUUGGAAAGUACAUGGCAGUUUUCUUGCCAGUCCUUAUCCUGGCUUUUUUUUUUAUUCAAUUGUACUACCUCCGAACCUCUCGUCAAAUGCGACUACUUGAAAUCGAAGCAAAAGCACCUUUAUAUACUAUCUUCACAGAUACAUUGAGCGGAGUCGCUACCAUCAAAGCAUUUGGAUGGCAGAACAUGUUCCGAGCAGAUUGCCAGAAGCAACUUAAUAAUUCGCAGAAGCCCUUCUACACACUUCUUUGUAUACAACAAUGGCUCAACCUUGUGCUGGACUUAGUGGUAGCUGCUAUGGCGGUCAUUUUACUCGCUAUAACAACUUCCUUCAAAGACCGGUUCAGUGGCGGUGUCAUGGGUGUAGCCCUGAACCUGAUCUUGACAUUAAAUCAGUCAUUGGUACGCACGAUUCAGUCUUGGACCCAACUGGAAACUUCGAUUGGAGCCGUUUCUCGGAUACAGGAAUUCCAGAAAAGCACGCCAUCGGAGGCAAGAAUUCAGUUAUCGAAUUUGCCUACAGUUGACGAUUGGCCAUCCGAGGGCAAAAUUUGUUUGGAAGGUGUCUCAGCUUCCUACCAUCCGAACAGCCCCCCAAUUCUAAAAGAUUUGUCCAUGGUCAUCGACCCAGGGACUAAAGUUGCAGUUUGCGGCCCGUCAGGUAGUGGCAAAACGACCCUGAUCAUGACGCUCCUCCGAAUGGUGAAGAUACAAGAUGGUAAUGUCUUGAUUGAUGGAAACAAUCUCAAUUCAAUUGAACCCAACCAUAUUCGCUUACGAUUAAACGUUAUUUCACAGGAGUCAUUCUUUAUUCCGGGAACUUUGAGAUUCAAUCUGGAUUUUCAUGAAAGGCUCUCUGAUGCAAGCAUCGAAUCUGCUAUCAAAAAGGUUGGAUUAUGGAAGAGAGUAGACGCUAGCGGUGGUCUUGAUAUGCCCAUGGAGGUGUCUGAUUGGUCUGCUGGUGAGAAACAAUUACUGGCGUUGGCUAGAGCGUUGAACGUCCAAAGUCCUAUUCUAAUCCUGGAUGAGGCAACCAGCAGGUGCGUUCUUUUCUCUAUUAACCCUGACAUUCAUCUCGGAUAA